CAAAGUUGAAGACGUUUCUACGCUUUGCUCUGAAUUUUAACGACAAAAUAGCUGAUUUUCUUAACAAUUAUUGAAAAUGGAGGCAGAUCUACAAGAUCUAUUACCAUCGUCAAGAGGAACACAUUUCUCAAUGGUUAUGACAGAACUUCAUCAAAAGUUCACAGAGGAAAACAUAGGUGUAUAUGAAGAUGAUUCACGUUCUUGGAUAGGAUGUGAUUCAGCCAACGGAACAACAAACGUAAUAACACCAGCCACCUCCAGCUCUGCACCAGAGUUCCGACAACCCACUACAACAAGGGAACGAAAACCAAGACAUGGAUUUACUCCUACGAUGGGACCAAUUUGUGCUGCCACUAUUCAACUUGCUCUCAUCAGUUUAAGACCAGUACCACACCCGGCAGAUUUUCCCACGGAAACCACUAAAUCUUUACUGUCAUGUCCCACACAGUCACCAGCAUCCAGCAAUUCAAUAACAAACGACGAUUCUGAAGUCAACAACCAAAAUGUGUUAAAAAGUAUCAAAAAAUCCAGAGAACUUACUCGCUCUGCCAAUGCCUACCUCAAGUCCGUCAACUUCAUGGUUGAAUCCCAAUCGGAACAAGAAUAUGAAUGGACAAGCCAAUCAAACGAAGAUUUCCAACCAGAGAAGGAAGACGAUGUAAACAGUAUCUUUCAGAGGAAAGAACCAGAACCCAUUCAAAAAGAAAACUCAACCCCUCAGCCACCAGAAAUAUCAAUCAAAAGCUUAGAAAGCUGUGGCUCUGGUGACCAACUAAAGGACCAGAACCAACCACGGGAAACACCAUCAUUUUUAGAACAGAUCCUUGAGGCAAAGAAGAUUCUGAAAGCCGUUAAAAGCGGUGAGGAACAGAGAAACAGUGAAGACACGGGACUUCAAGACGCAGAAAUAAAGGGCGAAGAGAGGAAGAAGAGUGGAUUGUUCUCGUGGUUGAAAUUCUGGAAAAAACAACCCAAGACAAACCAAUAUGGUAUCGAACUUGGUAUACGAAGUUCAGAAGCCUCAGCAGGCAAAGACAAGAAGACAUCCAGAAGAUGCAGACUCUUUUGCUGUUUUCAAUCUUCACAAGUUAAUGAGUAA